AUGGGAAAUAAAAAGGAUACUCAGAAGGUCAAGGACACCAAGACCAACUUCAGGUGGUCACAACCAAUGCAGAAUUUAUUACUUGAGAUACUUGCAGAUGAGGCUCUUCAUGAAAACAAGCAAUCCAACACAUUUAAACAUGCAUCAUAUGCUAAAGUAGCUGAAGCAAUUACUGAGAAAUUUAUGACUGAAUGUACUCCAAAGCAUGUGGAACAUCGCUUUAAAACACUUAAAACCAAUUGGAAUACAAUUGCAUUACUUCGUAAUAAGAAAAGUGGGUUUGGAUGGAAUGAUGAUUUGAAAAUGAUCACCUGUGAUAGGACAGUAUAUGAUGAAGAAGUCGAGAAAAUUGAGAUGUUUGAUGAGAUGGCUUUGGUUGUGGGUAAUGAUAUGGCUACAGGAGGUUUUUCCAAGGGAGUAGGUGAUAUAGGUGUAGAAGCAUUGGAUGACUCACCUCCGCUUGUUGAUGCUGAUGUUGAUGACAUAUCCAAAAAGAAGCAAGUUGAUCCCUCACAUGUGGCCUCAAAUUAA